AUGUCCAAACUUUUCGUCCACGGCCUGUCCUGGCACACCAACGAUGACACCCUGCGCGACGGAUUCCAGCAGUUCGGCGAGAUCCAGGAAGCUAUUGUCGUCAAGGACCGCGCCACCCUGCGCAGCCGUGGCUUUGGCUUUGUUCGCUUCGCGACGGAUGAAGAGGCCGAUGCGGCCAUGAAUGCGAUGAACAACCAAGAGUUCGAUGGCCGUGUGAUUCGCGUCGACAAGGCGUUUGACCGUCCCAACCGCAACGAGGGCGGCUUCCAGGGUCGUGGUGGAUACAACACCCAGCCUGGCGGUGGUUACCAGAAUAACGGCGGCGGCUUUGGAGGUGGUGGCGACAACCGUGGCGGAUACAACCGCGGCGGUCCUGGCGGAUAUGGCGGCUACAACAACCAGAACAGCUACGGCGGCGGUGGUGCUGGCGGAUAUGGCGGUGGCGGCGGUGGUGGUUACGGUGGUGGCUAUGGUGGCGGUGCUAACGCUGGCUUCGGAGGUUCUGGUGCAGGCUGGCGCAACAACAGCGGUGGUGGCCCUGGCCCGGCUGAGGGCAACUAA